UUAGGUAUAAACUAAUAUAAUAAAAUUGUGAAAAUAUAUUUAAAAAUGAAGAGAAUUAUUAUAUAUAUUGUGUUGCUAUCUGAAAACAAUAUUUUUAUUAUAAAAUUAAAAAACUAAGAUAUUAAACAGUUUAUAAUUAAAUAUUAGUUUAUAAUGCUGAUUUUUGGAUUAAUAAGAUAUAAAAUAAUGAGUAUUCCUAAGAUAGUAAGAUUAUUAUACCCGCAUGUGCGGGCAAAACACCUAGUAUAUAAUAAUUGAAGGCCUAAAUACAUUUUCUGACCUAAAUAUAUUACAUCCGGCCCUGGUGAAGACGAUUUUAAGAUUUUUCUUCCGUUCCUCUAUCUAUUAUAUUAGUCUGCGUCUGCUCUUGCUUGUUGCCUAUUCACCGGACAAAACCUAACUCUCGUAUUCUCUGAACGAUAAGAGAACCUUGGAGAUCUUUGUGAAGAUAUGGACGACAAGAUCAGUCAAUUACCUGAUGACUUGCUCUUGAAGGUACUAACGUUUCUUCCAACGAAAGUUGCCGUAAGCACAAGUAUUUUAUCUAAGCGAUGGGAGUUUCUUUGGAUGUGGUUGCCUAAACUUGAGUACGAUGAUAGCGAAUACUCGCCGGGAGAACGCUACAAAUUAUACUCCUUUAUUGAUUUGAGUCUGCCAUUACAUAAAGCUCCAGUCAUAGAAAGAUUACGUCUCAACUUUGACGUAUACGGCAGAUCAUACCGAGCCUACAGUAUCGAGAAGUUGGUUUUAAUUGCAGUGACUAGAUGCGUCCGUGAGUUAAGUGUCACACUUGUAUCUAUGCCUUAUAAAUUUGCUAGAUUACCGAGUAAUUUGUUUACCUGUAAAUCGCUGGUGAUCUUGGAACUUACAGGCCCUAUUUUCGUGAAUGUUCCUCGUAUGGUUUAUCUCCCCUCCCUGAAAUUUUUGAUCCUUGGAUGUAUGGUCUACUCAAAUGAAAAAUCUCUUCACCAACUUCUUUCUCAUUGCCCUGUUCUUGAGGAUCUAGUUCUGGAACGUAAUGAUGAAGACAAUAAUAGUCCAUUUACAUUGAGUGUAAUUGUCCCGUCCCUGCAGAGACUAACCCUAAAGAUAUCUAGAGGAUAUCAUUUUGAAGGGCUUGUGAUAAACACUCCUUCUUUGAUGUAUUUCAAAAUUCUGGAUUAUUUAGAAGAAUAUGCACGUGAUGAUAAUAGUAAUUACUCGUACUAUUUUGAAGAUACGCCUAAGUUGGAGGAGGCAGAUAUUGAAUCGACAUACCCUGAUAUCAACAAGUUUGUUAGAUCGAUCAGAUCUGUUAAGAGGCUUUCAUUAUGCAUUAGAGUCAAUGCUGAUGAGGAGGUAACAAGUUCCCAUCUAUCUAUCUAUCUACCUCAUUUUAGAACACCAAACCAGGUUUUAUUGACACUACAAGAAAACAUGACAAGUUUUGACCAAUUUUUUUACCACUUAAAUGAUCAAAACAAUUUUUGACCACAUUCGGACCAUUUUUUGACGAUUAAAAAAUGUGGACAAAAAGUGGAUAGAAAUUACUGACGAUUUUUUUUUAUUAGAAAAUGGUCAAAAAAUUGUGACCAAAUAUUGGCGACUACAAUAUGGUCAGAAAAGUGGUCACAAUUUGAUCAAAACGCAAGUCCACUUAUAUUUAUAAAAUCUAAAAAAGAUCAAACAAUAAUAGAAACGAUGUCGUUAGUGGUUUGUUUAAUAAAGUCAGAUUGUCUUUAACCUAAUCCUUACUUUUUCUAAAUUUAUCUUUUUAUCUCAACGCCGCCGAUUCUCAAAGAAUGCCUACUCGAGAGGAAUUUCUGCGUUUUCUUCAACAAAAGCCGAUUGGUGAUGAAACACCAAGUUAUGUUGAUUCCUUUCAAGUAUUUGAGACUUACUUCUCUCAACCAAAGCACUUCUCACAACUAAACCCGGCCAAUAUCAACGUCACACAGAUACCAUCAAAUUCGACACACCACUAGACUUUUCCGUUUGCAAAUUUGCUAAUCCCGCUUUACAGAGACACUACGCGAUCUUGCAAGCCAUUGCAUUGGAUGAAGACGAGCUUCGUGAGACUAGAGAUGAGACUCUUCCUGACGAAGAAGGAAUGAACAGACCUGGAGUUGUAUAAGCAAUAGAAGAAUUUAAGAAGUCUAGCUACAGCGAUGACUCUGAAGAAGAAAGUGAUUCAGAGGAAAAGAAGAAAUCAAGAAAGCGUGAAAACAUGAAGUUAUAAUCAUCUACCUCCCGAUGUGAAAACGUAAUGGUUCAUUAUUAUGCUUC